AUGUUGCAUCUAAUAGUGCUCCUUCUAUGCCACCUGAGCUAUAUUCAACUUGGAAAGCUAGAUAGCACGAUUCCCUAGCCAAAACCCCAUCUUACUUUAACUUGCUUUAUAAAGCUACUUGCAUACAUCCCAUUUAACGUAGGUUUGUAAUUGACAUAUUUCUAAAAUGUAACAAAGCUAAUUAGAGAUUUGUUACUCUUUUGCUAUAUUAUUGGCUAAUACUAUACAUUUGAUUAUGAUAUUAUUUAUCGCCUUCUUGGAUUUGAAUUCUUUGUGAUAUUUGCUCUUCCUUUAAUUUUAGAAGGCUGGAUAGCUAAUUCUCCUAACUUCAUUCUUUACUUGCUGAAAUUCUACUCUAUGUAUUUUCCACUUUUCAUCAACUAAUUUUUGCUUCAUGAAGACCGUAUGAUAUAAACUAUAUUUUUCUUUGCUAUCAUCGAAGUGCCAUCUAUGGCACACAAGAGAUAAGAUAGAGACUUACCUGAAAUUAAAAUGAAUUCUUACAUUUUUAAGUUAGUUUAACUUCCUAAAAAGUAAAUAGCGAUUUUACAUUGUACAAAGAAACAAAGGAAUGGUACAAAUUAGAUUCAGUUAGCAAUAGCAUGUUUUGGGAACUCAAACUAAUAAAAUACAGAGCAGGAAUAGAAUAUCGUCGAUAGCGCAAAUGUGAAUUAAAAAAAAGUAUUAAACGACUUUGAGAAUGCUGUUUAACUGAAAAUCAUUAAGAGCAUAGAUGUUUGUGCUAAUACUAGCGAGCUCAAUUACAUCGAAAAGAAUCAUAUCUUAGUAAUAUCAUCCUGCUCUGACCUUAAAAUCUAUAAUGCAUAGAACCUACAGCUCCUAAGAGUUGUGAGUUUUCCUAGAUCUCUCAAAAGACUCUCUUUUAUAAAUUACGAUAGGUAUUACUCAUUUUUAAAGAAAAUUAAUACAAACGAGACAAUUGUUUCAAUAAACGAUUCCGUAUUCAAUACAAUAGCAAGCUAACAUAUAAUAUAAUAUGACGUACAGCCUGAAAUAAUAAAAUUUAUAAAAUACUAUUCGUCUUGUUGCAAUGCUGAAAAGUAUGUUUACAUGUGCGUUCCAUCUGAUAGACUAAACUACCUAAUUAUAGUAGAUGUUAAAGAAGAUUAUAAAAAAAUGUCUUUGAGUAGCAAUGAUUAAAAAAAUAUCUAAGAUAAAACUAAUUAAGAACAUAACAAUAUAUAACAAAUAGAAUAAGAAAACGUUUAAAGUUUAAUUAAUUUGAAGGAAUAACAAAGAGAAGAUGAAGAAUUUUACAAGAAUGGAGAAUUUCAAGAUGAAGUUAUUGAGGAAGAUUACUCUGAUUUUACUAAUUAUUGGGAAAAUUCAAUUGAAAUAGACAAAAAUAUUAUCAAUAAUUAAAGUAAAAUUUUCAAUCACAUAGAAAACAGAAAAAAUAAAUAGCAAAAUUAAAAGAUUCUAAAUUAGACAGAAGAUGUUAACUUGUAUGAGUAUAUAUAAAAGAAUCAAGGCUUUAAUUAUAAUAAAUCUGACUAAGAAAAAGGAAUUAAUGAGUACGUUAUAGAUUGUAGCGCUAUCAAAGACAUACUUGUUCAUGAGCAACUGUUAGUAAUUUCCUGUUCAGAGAAUAUUGUAUUCUUUGACUUAAAUCUUAGAAGAAUAGUGAAAAAAAUCUCUACUCUUAAUUUUGAUACAAGAGUUCAUUGGAUUAGAAUUACUCCCUAAUACACUUAUUAUUUGAUCUCUAAUGAAAUUAGGGCUUGGAUAGCAAAGCAGUCAAAUAAACUCAAUGACUUCUCAAUUAUUUAACAUUUUAACUUUUAUGAUAUUCAAUACAUAUUGGAAAACAAAUCAAAAAAUUCUCUAUACGUAAUUUAUAAUAAUACCCUCUAUAAAUAAAAAAUAGCUGUCAUAGAUCUAUCGCUAUACAGUUCAAGCUGA